AACAUGAGGCAUCAGUUCAUCGCUUCAUAUCAAUCAAUCAACAGUUUGUUCAAAGCUUCCAAACAACUCUUAACAACAUGUUUGCCAAAAUCCUUCUCAUUGCCGCUGCCCUGGCCAUCGUCGGAGUGCAGGGAAAGCCCGGCGUGUUGGCCCCGGUGGCCUACUCGGCACCACUGGUGGCCGCCGCCCCAGCCGUUGUGACCGCCCAGAGUUCGCAGUACAUCGCCCGGAACUACAACGGAAUUGCGCCGGUGGCCUACACCGCUGCUCCGCUGGCUUACAGUGCCCCUCUGACGGCUGCUUACAGUGCCCCGCUGGCUUACAGCACUCCGUUCGCUUACAGUUCUCCACUUGCGGCCUACACCGCUCCGGUUCUGCUGUGAGGAAUUUGAGUAGUUUAAAACACGCUGGUCAACAUUGUGAUAUGAAAUAGCUGCGAUUUCGGGAAACUCUAAAUAAAAACAAAAACAGAUUUAAA